GGAGGCGGAGAACUCGGGCAGCCGGAACGCUGGGCCCGCCGUUUCGCUUUCCGUUUCCAGGCCGGGGUGGGCCGAGCUUUCCCGCUGCCUCAGGGACGGCGGCGGGGCGGCAGCCGCUCCCCACAGCCGCGGCCGCCGGCGGGAGCCCCACCUCGGCGGAGCGGCGGCCAUGGCAACAGGACGAGCUGCUAAAUCUGCAAGGACAGUUGUCAUCGCUGGUGUUCCAGAUGGCCUUCUGCACAAUGAUGUCAUGACUGACAUCCUGAUGAUUCAUUUCCAAAUGUCAAAGAACAAUGGUGGAGAUGUGGAAGAAGUAGUGUAUCCAACAACGAGAAAAGGAGUUGCAUAUGUAACUUUUGAAGAUCAAGAAGUUGUAGAGAGUGUUCUAAAGAAGGAUGAACAUCGACUAGAAGACAAGAGGCUGUCCAGAUGCUACCCAUUGAAAGUAACCCGUUACUGUGAAAACGUGUUCAGCUCUGUCACAUCUGUCCUCAACAUGUCUAUUUUCAAAGAUCAGUUUGUUUUGGAAGAUCUGAUACAAGAACUUAAAAAGAAGAGCACAGCUUUGAGCUUUGGUCCUUUGCAAUCCAAUGGGCACAUUUCUGUUCAGGGGUCAUUUCCAGCAAUCAAAUCGCUAAGAGACUUUCUCUUACUAAAAGCAAAAUCCCUUUCAGAGAAUGACAAAAAAGAAGAGAGUAAGUCCUGUCAGAGAUCAAGGAGGAGGCUACAGCAGCACAGACUUGCCACGGAGCCAAGUAAUUCUGUUCAUGGUGCAGAUGGGAAAAAACAAACGGUUGUUCUUGACACAGAUAUAUAUCACUACAUGAAGUACUUUUUUCCCAGGGCAUUCUCAGUAAAUGAUGUUGUAAUUUCUGGUAUCACUGAUGGGGAUAUAACUACGGUAUAUAUUGAGAAUGCUGGAAGUAGGUCUGAUGCUGGACAGGUGUUAAGAGUCAAAGAGAAAAUUGAAACUCAGUCUACUAAACUCCAUAACAUUUUACGUAAAGAAAGGAUCCACUUUAAGGUACGCACCAGAGAUGAAAAGCAGAGAUACAGAUUGGCCUGUGAAAGUCUAAAGCCCCAUUACCCUCACGUUUUGAUCAUUCCUUAUGACACUCACAUUGAUGUUAUAGGAAAUUCCUAUGACAUUUUUGAUUUUACAAAGGAAGUGAGCAGUAAGAUUCAGAGCCUGUUUCAAACCAGGUAAAAAGUCAGUGCUCACGUCGUUUAAGCGUUGUUCUUCCCAUACAGACUGUACUGGUGCAACCUGUGCACCUCUGUGUCACUGCAGAGCUGUCACGGUUCUCCCACUCACAGACUGGGAAGUCGGCACGUGAGGGUGAGCAAGCCUAUUCCCCCCCCCGCCACAUACCAAAUUAAAUUCAGAACAGGAAACAAAUGAUCUCUGUAUCUCUAGUGAGCUCAGAAACCGAAGAGGUUAGGCUUCCUCUGUCCAGAUACAGCCUCCUUUUUUUCUUUUGUUAGCUGCAUUUCGGGAGCAUGUGUGCUCAUUCUGUCUUGCCGUCAGGGACCAUAUGAUGAGAAAAUUGUUUUGAAGAGAUCUCAUUAGCAUAAGAAGUCAGACUGACAAAGCUGGGCGAGCCAACCUGAUAUGACAUACUGCGUUGAAGUUGAGUUUUGUUUCUUUGUGCAAGGAGGUGACCACUGAAAGCAGGAAUGGUGGCUUGUUUCUGUUGCCUUUAUCUGCAGAAGGAAGUUUUUGUCAUGGAGGUACAUGAAGAAAAUAGAGCUUUGACACGUGAGGGGAUAGAACGCUUAUUAAAUUUACAGGCUUGUCGUGUCCUGAGAAAGACCUUAGAAGAUGGCAUUGGAAGUUCCUGACAGUAGAAAAUAAGUGAGUUUGUUUUCAUAGGAGCAGUAACGGGCUUUUUUCCAGCUGUAACGGCAUCUGCAGCAUCCCUUGACAGCGUGUUAUUUAGACAUGAAAGUAUAUCCAAAGUUUUGAUGGGAAAAUCCUGGGACAUUCAGACUUUUGAAUCAGAUUCUGUUCAUGCAAAUCUGCUGCUGUAUCUGCUACAAGGGUCCAAAUGCCCAUCCUAAUUUAGGCUUUUUAUAAAACUAAUUUAGAAAAUAACUGUUAUUUUGUGAUACCAGUGUGUUCAGAAUACUUUGUCAAAACAUACAGAACACCAGCUCUUUUGUCUUAUGCGCCGGAAAAGUUUUGAGUUUUUAUGCCAUUAAAGCAAUUAGUUAUGCAAAA